AUGGAGUUGAAAUUGACAAUUCUUUCAACAAUUCUUCUUCUUCUCACUCUUUCCAACAACUGGCACACUGAAGCCAUUGUCGUGCCUUUGGAGAAACAGGAAGAGGACUUGUUCGUUGGAGGAGGUGAGGAUGGUAAUGUGGAUACUAGGAGAGAAUUUGUCGGUUCCCAAGUUUUGGAAUACAAUGUUGAGUUUGAUGACUUGAACACGAAGGAAACUGAAGCAGUAUUGAUUCCAGCCAGGUGGAGAAAAUUGUGUGACAGAAUUAGAAGAAAUCGGGGUCGACAUGGAAACAUAUACCGAAGAGUUCCAACUCCGAAUUUCGUUAGUGUUCCACUAUAA